UUAAGCACGCUCUUCUCUCUCUCCUCUGUAUGCCACAUCAAUCCCAACUCGCCACCACAGCGCGUCCACUGCCAACCCCGUCAUUAACCACACAUCUCAAAUAUCCCAAAACACCACCACCGUCGAUUAAUUCACGCGCUCACCGACAUAACAGAGCGCGUGGAGUGAGCAGUAACACUCCUCUCAAAGCUUUGCUGUCCAAUGUACACUUCGGGAAACGGAAGUACGGUGACGGCCGCUGCCACUUUCGUCUCACACAGUCACAUACUAACGUCGCUUCACCGCCGUUUACAUACAUAGAUACAGACUCUCUCUCUCUAAAAACUGUCACUUUCUCUCUCCUCAUAACACACCCAGCCCCAACAUUAACAGUACUUCCACAACUUCCUUACAGUUCACGCCAAACGCCUGCUCUGCUCCCUACCACUUUCUCUCUCUAACCCCCCAUCUCUCCCUAUAUGCUUAUUUCUUCAUUCACUCUUUUGGUUCUUGUAUCGAUUUGAUAAUGGAGAAGAAGAAGAAGCUGGUUUUGUGUUCUGUAAUGGUUGUGAUUGUGCUUCUCUUUCCUGUACUAUCUUCACCUCUCGGUGACGAAGGGAAAACAUUGAUGUCGAUCAAAGCAUCAUUUAGCAAUGUAGCUAAUGUGUUGCUGGACUGGGAUGUUGUGCACAACGAUGAUUUCUGUUCUUGGAGGGGUGUCAUUUGUGAUAAUGUUAGCUCAUCUGUUGUUUCUCUGAAUUUGUCAAAUUUGAACUUGGGUGGGGAAAUUUCACCAGCCAUUGGGGACUUGAAGAAUCUGCUUUCUGUAGACUUCCAUGGGAACAGUUUGACAGGUCAAAUCCCAGAUGAGAUGGGGAACUGUGUUUCACUGAUUCUUGUGGACUUGUCUGAUAAUAUGCUGUAUGGGGAUAUACCCUUCUCAGUAUCUAAGCUCAAGCAACUGGAGUUGUUAAGUUUGAAGAACAACCAAUUGACUGGUCCUAUCCCUUCAACAUUAACUCAGAUUCCUAACCUCAAAACUCUUGAUCUUGCUCGGAACCAGCUUACGGGUGAGAUACCAAGGUUAAUCUAUUGGAAUGAAGUAUUGCAAUAUCUUGGUUUACGCAGUAACUCAUUAACUGGAACACUGUCCCCUGAUAUGUGCCAACUGACUGGCCUGUGGUACUUUGAUGUGAGAAGCAACAACCUUACUGGACCAAUCCCAGAUAGCAUUGGUAACUGUACAAGCUUCGAAAUCUUGGACAUCUCAUACAAUCAAAUCACUGGGGAGAUUCCAUACAAUAUUGGAUUUCUACAGGUUGCUACGCUGUCUCUUCAAGGAAAUAGGCUAACAGGAAAGAUUCCUGAGGUGAUAGGUCUCAUGCAAGCCCUCGCUGUUCUCGAUUUAAGUGAGAAUGAAUUAGUUGGGUCAAUCCCACCGAUUCUUGGCAAUCUAUCGUACACUGGAAAACUGUACCUGCAUGGCAACAAACUUACGGGACCCAUUCCACUAGAGCUUGGCAAUAUGUCGAAGCUUAGCUAUUUGCAGUUGAAUGACAAUCAAUUGGUUGGUCAUAUUCCUGCUGAACUUGGGAAAUUGGAUCAGCUGUUCGAACUGAAUCUUGCUAAUAACAAUCUUGAAGGACCCAUUCCGCAAAACAUCAGCUCCUGCACUGCGUUGAAUCAAUUUAAUGUGCAUGGUAACCGUUUGAGCGGAUCAAUUCCUUUGGGUUUUAGGAAUCUGGAGAGCCUGACCUAUCUGAACCUUUCAUUAAACAGUUUCAGUGGUAGCAUACCUGUUGAGCUCGGACGUAUCAUUAAUCUUGAUAAAUUGGAUCUUUCUGGGAAUGACUUCUCAGGACCUGUUCCUGCCUCUGUUGGUGAUCUGGAGCACCUUCUUACACUGAAUUUGAGCCACAAUCAUCUUGAGGGGCCAGUACCCGCAGAAUUUGGAAAUCUUAGAAGUAUACAAAUAAUUGACAUAUCAUUUAACUUAAUAUCUGGUGGUAUACCUGGAGAAUUGGGUCAGCUACAAAAUAUUGCAUCUCUUAUAUUGAAUAACAACAAUCUGCAUGGUGAAAUUCCAAACCAGCUAACCAAUUGUCUGAGUCUUUCGUCUCUGAAUGUAUCUUACAACAACUUAUCAGGGCUUAUGCCUGCUACUAGAAACUUUUCACGGUUUUCACCAGACAGCUUCAUUGGAAAUCCUUUACUAUGUGGCAACUGGUUGGGAUCAAUAUGUGAUCCAUAUGCAACGAAAUCCAAUGUGAUAUUCUCCAGAACUGCGGUUGUUUGUAUAACAUUGGGUUUUAUAACACUUUUAUCCAUGGUCAUAGUCGCUAUUUACAAAUCCCACCAACCAAAGCAGUUUAUGAAGGAGUCCAACAAGGGUGUGCAUGGUCCUCCUAAGCUUGUAGUUCUUCACUUGGAUUUGGCUAUUCACUCCUACGAAGAUAUCAUGAGAAUCACUGAAAAUUUCAGCGAGAAGUACAUUAUAGGAUAUGGUGCCACUAGCACUGUAUAUAAAUGUGCGUUGAAGAAUUCCCGACCAAUUGCAGUUAAGCGACUUUACACUCAGUAUCAGCACAACUUGCGAGAUUUUGAAACUGAACUUGAGACCAUUGGCAGCAUCAGACACAGGAACCUCGUGAGCUUGCACGGUUAUGCUCUGUCCCACUUGGGGAACCUCCUUUUUUAUGACUACAUGGAGAAUGGUUCUCUUUGGGAUCUUCUUCAUGGACCAUCGAAGAAGGUAAAACUGGAUUGGGAGACGCGUCUAAAAAUUGCAGUCGGAGCUGCUCAAGGGCUUGCUUAUCUUCACCAUGAUUGCAAUCCUAGAAUUGUUCACAGGGAUGUGAAAUCCUCAAAUAUCCUGCUGGAUGAGAAUUUCGAGGCUCAUCUUUCUGAUUUUGGGAUUGCGAAAUGUAUACCGAGUGCAAAAACUCAUGCCUCAACUUAUGUCCUUGGCACUAUAGGUUACAUUGACCCAGAGUAUGCCCGGACCUCUCGGGUAAAUGAAAAGUCUGAUGUUUAUAGCUUCGGGAUUGUUCUUCUUGAGUUACUGACCGGAAGGAAGGCUGUUGAUAACGAUUCUAACCUGCUUCAACUGAUAUUGGCGAAGGCGGAUGAUAACACUGUGAUGGAGGCAGUUGAUCCAGAGGUUUCUGUGACAUGCAUGAAUUUAGCUCAUGUUCGAAAGAUGUUCAAACUUGCCUUGCUGUGCACGAAGCACCAGCCUUCUGAGAGACCAAGCAUGCAUGAGGUCGCAAGGGUCCUGGUCUCCUUGCUUCCAGCUCCUCCAUCGAAACCUUGUCCUGCCCCUGCUUCGCCAAAAGCUUCCGGUUAUGCACAGUUUGUGAUUGAGAAAGGACAGCCUCAACUAAAAACGCAGCAGCGGUUGGAGGUCCAGACGGACAAUAAUUCUGCUGAUGCCCAAUGGUUUGUUAGGUUUGGUGAAGUUAUAUCGAAAAACACGCUUUAAGACUUCAUUUCCCUGCUUUUGCUUACCUUGGGGGAAGGUAAAUGAUGAAAGGGGGAUGCAGAAAAUCCCUAUUUUUGGUUCCUAUGGGUUAUUUUCUCACUCUAGAGUGUAUGCAUAUGCACUCAUGAAUUGAGUUGAGUUUCCGAGACAUUUAAGAUGAAGUUGUUUAGUUACAUAUGGGGUAAAAUACAAAUUUGAUAUCUUAUCUAGGCAGUGGUGUCUAAUUUUUUGUACAAGCAAUUCUGGAACUAUAGUGGGCUAGACCUAGCAGCAGGUUAAAUGAAAGGAAAAAAAUAUCUACUCUUUAUAGUGCUGGUUAUUUUUGUUGUAAACUUGAUGUCCCUUUUGUUUUAAUUGCAAGGUUUAUAAAGUUUAAUUUUGUUA